GGCAGUCAUAUAAAGACUGAAUGCGAUGUCACCGAAACUGAUGCCACAGAUGGACAACAAUUAACCGUCAAAUCGAUUGAAAAGACAUACGAUUUGAAUGAUAAACGAGUGGAUAAGGAAUGUAUUGUCCGACAAACGGAUCCAACGAUUAGACAAAGAGUUGGUCCACAAAGAGUGAGUCAAUCCAUAGAAGCGUUGAACAAAAAGGUGACGAUAAGAGUGAUCAACAAAAUCGCGACUCAAAACACACCGAAGACUGCGAUCGCAACUCAAAGCCAAUCACAGGACAAGAAAGUGGUUUAUUUGGUCGUAAACUCUGGUAACCAAAUGACUGGACAAACCUCUGGAACCAGUGCUUCGGGACAACAAUUAAUGCUCGUUUCGUUAGGGAAAGUACUUCGAUGUCAUGUCAUUGACUGUCAAUUCAAAUGCCAUUCAAUGGAUUCAUUGCAAACUCACCUUAAAGUACACGACAGGAGUUUUCAACCGCAACCGAUGGCUGGCUUUGCGUCACUCAAAGAACAGCGCGAAGUGAUUGACAAACAGUGUUACGACUCGACCACUAAUUCAUAUCAUUGCCGACAAACUGGUUGUCAGAAGCGGUUCCAGUUAUACGAAAGUUUAGUUAAACACCUGAAGCAUAUUCAUUGCGAACGGCUGUACAUUUGUUACGACCCGAACUGUGGUAAGCGUUUCAAGAGAUGUGAUACCGUCCGCAACCACUAUAAUACCAUUCACUCGGAGGUUAAGCCCCCGAAGCCGUUCGGGUGUCCGGUCGACGGCUGUGAUCAACGAUAUCCGUCGGCGUCUUCAUUGGCAAUACAUGUUAAGAGUCACGACAAUCACGAGCGCCUGGAAAGGGAUCGCCGGCGCCGAGAGUUGAUCGAUAAGUGUUACGACUCGACCACCGAUUCAUACCAUUGCCGACAAACCGGUUGCGAGAAGUCUUUCAAGAACUAUGAAUGUCUUUAUAAACACAUGAAACAGACACACGUGGAAAGGGCUGUAAUCUGCGACCACUCGGACUGCGAUAAGCGAUUCAAAAGACAGGACGUGAUGAGAGAGCACUACAAGAGAAUUCAUGGAACCGUUCGUGUGAUUAAGUGUCCGAUCGGCGAAUGCGGUCUCCAAUACAGGCGACCAUCGGAACUGAACCAACACAUGGUUACGGCUCACCCGUCAGAGUAUACCCUUUACUUAAGGGAUAGACGCGCGAAACUAUCGAAGGGUACGGGCUUUCGGUGCCAACACCCGGGCUGUGGCCGAGGGUUUAAUUCACGUAAUAAUCUACUAAAUCAUAGGGCUCUCCACACCACCGAACCUACCAUUCGGUGCCCGAAGUGUCCGCAACUGUUCCGCACGACAAACCUGUUAUAUAAGCAUCAGGUGUCCCAACACAACAGGAAAGCGGGCCCAUUGCGCAAAGACUACCGUUGCGAACGCCCCGGUUGUCAAUACACGGGUACAUUGGCUCAACUUAGAAGCCACACUACUCUUCAUACGGGGGAAAAGCCAUUUGCAUGUGAUUGGCCUGAAUGUGGUAAACGGUUCCGAUUGAUGCCCGGAUUGACUGAUCACAUGAAUAAUCAUCAAAACAUUAAGUCUUAUGCGUGUCAUUGGCCCGGAUACAAACAACACUUCAGACUAUUGUCUCUACGAUUGGAUCAAUUGAGUGACAAACAAACUGAAGAUACGAAUGAAUCACAAAAACCACAACAAAAGAGAUUACAGAAGAAAACAACAAAAACACCUCAAAAAGUGGUGAAACGAGAAGACAAUGAUUUAGGAGUUGUUGUCACUAAUGAAGACUCGGACGAAGAGUGGAGGCCAUCGACUGCCAGUCGGACGCCUCGGAAGGGUUUGAAAGGGAAACGGCAGCCAAUAGUCGACAAAACUCUGGCCGUCUAUCAGUGCGAUCACGAAGACUGUGACUAUUGCACCCAUUUGUGGCCAAAUCUGGUCGCACACCGAAAAACACACGACAAUAUCAAGAGUGAAGCGACUCAAGUCGUACGGCAAGAGCCUCCGAAGCGCCGGUGCGUUGAGUCGACCACCGAUUCCUAUGUCUGCGAUGAGUGUCAGCGAGGGUUCAAAGGAGAGGCCCAUUUGCGGCAACACGUGAUUCACGCGCACACAAAGCCGGACGUGCGCUGCGAUUACGCCGAUUGCGACAAACGGUUCAGAACACAGAACUCGAUGAGAAGACAUUGCGGACACUCUCAUAAGGGCCACAAACGGCGCAAGUCGUCCACCACUACGACUGUGACUCACGUGUGUCCGCACGAGGGCUGCGACCGUCGGUAUAAAAUUAAACAGCAAUUGGACCGGCAUUUAGUCGCUCACCAAACGGUACGUCCGUUUGCCUGCGAUUUCGAGGGCUGUACUAAGAGUUACGAAUCGGCCAACGGUUUAAGAAGGCAUCAAUUGAUUCACUUUAGCAAUGGAUCCGCUGAACAGCGCGAAGACUAUCAGUACAAACGGCUAAAAGAGAUGAGAAAGUUGUCGUCCAAGACAUCGGAAACUUUUCGAUGCGAUCGCGAGGGCUGUGAGUAUCGGACAAACGUUUACACGAAUCUGACGGCACAUCGGAUGACGCACUACAACGCGGCCACAGAAGCGAAGCGAGUGCUGCGUCGGGAUCUGAAGAGGCGUUGCUAUGACUCGGCCACCAAUACCUACGUCUGUCAUCACAUCGGGUGUCAGAAAGUGUUCAAAUUGUUGGAUCAGUUGCGCGGACACGUUAUCGUUACCCACAGCCCGCGCAACAUUGUCUGUGAUUACGCCGAUUGCGGCAAAGUCUUCAAAUCUAAGAAAGCGUUGAGAACGCAUUGCCAGCAAAAUCACGCCAUUCGGCAGUUUGUGUGUCCACACCCGGACUGCGGCCGUCGAUACCCAUUGAAUUAUCAAUUGAAGGUACAUUUGGAAACACACGUAACGGAGCGAUUGUUUGCUUGCGAUGUCGACGGCUGUCACAAGAGAUUCAAGUCGGAGAAGACCGUUAAGAACCAUCAAUUGACUCACAAUACAAAACCAACCGUUAAAUGCACUGUCGAUGGAUGUACUGAACGAUUCUUAACCCAGCAUUUCAUGAUUAGACACCGCAUAUCUGUCCACAACUUUAAGCCCUACGACACGAAAAAGAACACGUUUACGUGUCAGUGGCCGGGAUGUGAGUACACGAGCCAUUAUAAGCACCGGUUGGACACACAUCAGAACAGCCAUACGGGUGAGCGGCCCUUCAUCUGCGAGUGGCCCGACUGUGACAAAGCCUUCACAGAUCCGAGUGGUUUGCGGACACAUAUGAAUAUACACCAGAAUGUGCAGCCAUUCGCCUGUCAAUGGCCCGGAUGUACGUACAGGUCAUCCGAUCACUCCUCCAGAUAUAAGCACUACAAAAAAGUUCACAAAAAGUCUCGAAGGGGACCGACACUUACCCUAAACCCAUGGGCUGAGGGACCAGAGGUUCCAAUCGCUACCCGAACCCAUGGCUUCAGGGAUAACAGGGUGUCGACCCCUACCAGUGGUGGCCAACCAGUGGUCCAAACAGUGGACUCCAAGUGCUCAAGAAGCCAGUGGUCGACACAACCCAUCACUUGCCUGACGGCCAUCGGCUCAUACCAGGGGUCGGCGAAGACGGCCGUCGGGAGUGAAGCUCAACGCGUCCCACGCGGGAAGACUCCCGACAUUCAAACACUACUCACUACUGCCGUCGGGAGUGAAGCGAUACGCGUCUCGAAAGAUGACUCCCGACAGUCAAACACUAGUGGCGACCGAAUAGAUGUCCGCCUCAUCGGGUCGGCGAAGAGUCGACUGACGGUCGGGAGUGAAGCUAAACGCGUCCCUCAGGGGAAGACUCCCGACAUUCGGACACUACUGCCGAUACGCGUCCCGACGGAUGACUCCCGACAUGACUGGACUUUAGGCGACCGUCGAUCGAGCGUUGUGGUCGACUCGAGUUCUGUCACUCACGACAGGCUCUGCACCCGAGACCACAGAAUCGGUAAACGAAUGCCAAAUGAAUCGACAGAUUCUUCUGCUGUGCGUAAAGUUCACGCUUUUUAG